AUUAAGUGUCAAUAUUGUUUUGUUUUUUUGUAUCCAUAGUAUUUUUAUACCUAACAGAAUUCAUGCAGGAAGCCUGUGUAAAUGCAGAAGUGUUUGAUGAAAAUCAGAGGUACAAUAUGAGUACUGCUGGUACCAUAACUACUAUAUUUACGAUUAUUGUAGUUAUUGAAUAUGACGAAAGUAACCUCGUCACUGGCUUUUGGAUGGGCCUGAUUGCCAGCCUCCUACCCUGUGAUUAUGGCCCUGUAAGAAACUGAACCUCACCAAGAGUUCUUGGAGAGUAACUAUUCCAAACUAAUAAAACAACACUCUCCCCUCCCUCCACACUCAAUUUUAAAUUAAAUCUUUGUGGGACUAUCUGGGCUAUUUACUAAAUUCAAAAUUAGUUUUGAAUAAUGGACCAAAAAAAAUAAUUGAAGUGAAACUUGCUUGGAAUGUCUCUCCCCCACCUGGCUUUUAUUAGAGCAACUUUUAAAUCCCUACAGAUUUGCUUUAUUCUCUAAACUCUGAAUUGCGACAGAUUGAAAUCUGAAUGACAAAAUUUGCUCAAAGCUAGGCAAACUUUGAUAAGCUAACACAAAAAUACACACAGCAUGUUAACACACCAAGUAUUUACACCUUCUAAAGUGCAAUAUGCACGCACUGAGGAAAACUCGUUUAGAAUUGAAACGCGUCUGCAAACAUAGAAGACUGUAUGGUAUUGUACAAUCAAGGGCUUCCUUUUUCACAGUUCCUUCUUUAUAUUUAAUUGUUUUAAUAAAUGUGUUACAAUUUCCACUAUUGCUGCUUUUAUACUACUGGAUCAUCCAUUCCAGACUUCUACCAACACAUCUUUUGCCUUUUAGGCACCCUUGGGCGCUAUAAUCAGUGUAUAUGGCUCUGCAAUAUGUGAGUGAUAUUCCACAUUGAAUUUUUUAAGCUAUAUUAUUCAGUACACACCACGUGUUGACCGUUAUUGUUUUGUAGAUUCUACUGUACGUGUGACUACACUUUAAAGAAGUUCAUAGGUAUAUUUAUUUUAUAUAUACUCUAUAUUGCACUUUAAAAGGUGUAAAUACUUGGUGUAUUAACACGCUGUGUGUGGGGUUUUUUUUGUUCACUAUUUUUUCGAGGUGUUGGGAGUAUCACCAUUUCACCCAAUACUAUAACAUUUUAUUGAUGUUUUAUUGCUCUUAUUAUGUUUUAAACUGUGACUAGCUGUUAGAACGUUUUCUAAAUGAGCUAUUUUUCCUACAUUUUGCCAUUCACAUUUUAUUGCUCUACUACUCAAAGUUUAGUGAAUGACCACAUCAUCAAUAGCUAUUAUUUGCUCAGUCAGGAUUUUCUCCAUGCCUGACUCAGGCUGUUAUUGGAGAGGAUCCCCAUGUUAUGGUAAAGCCUUCCACCACUGCAGGUCAAGGGUCAUGAACAAUCUAGCACCCCUCCCCCCUUUCCCUCAGUCAGGUGAUUUUCAAACACAUGAUUCAGGAACAACUAAACUUGCUGGACGACUGAAAUGAGUGACAGCCAUUUCAGCCAAUCAGAGCUUUGCAAAGCCUGACCGGCUAGCCAAUCACAAGGCUGUACGAAAGAAAGCAGGCGGAUACUAGGCGCUAGGUUCGGUAGAGGAGGGAAUUGCAGUGUUAGCCGCCGAUGUAGCUACGCUACUGUUAUCGCUGCAAUAGCGCUGACAGCGGGGGAUCGCGGCGCUCGCGGCUCGGGUCUGUGCGGUACGCACGAGUCGCGCGCUGUGAGGAGGCCGGCACGUGCGCAGGGGAGCGGGUGCGGCGCUCGCGGACAGUCUCCCAUAUUUAAAGUGACCGCAGCCCCCCAAUCCGCUUCCGCAGACAGGAUGGUGACUGCCCGGGCGGCUCGUGCGAUGUGCUAACGGGUUCUCCUCAGUCUCCAGCUCAGUACAUCACCCGCCCUCUCACACCGAGUCACCAUGUCCAUCCAGUACACCGGGGAGGACCAGAUGGCUGAUAGCUAUGGGGUGGCCGACUCCUUCCCCAAAGACUUCGGCUAUGGGGCCGACGAGUCGGAAAUAGAUGAGAGCUCGACCGCUUCGGACAGCAAACCGCGGAUCCUGCUAAUGGGCAUGCGUAGGAGCGGGAAAUCCUCGAUCCAGAAGGUGAGAUCACGGGGAUCCCCAGUCACAGGUAGAACGGCGGCACUACAACUCCCGUCAGCCUUGGAGGACUAAACGCACAGUGGAGCAUCACGGGAGUUGUAGUUCACCAGCCCUGAACCUUAGUUUCAUAACACAAGUGCUAAUGGGGGAGGCUCACAGUAUAUCCCAUGCUUCUAGAACCACAAGUCCCGUGAUGCUUUGCUAAUGUAAAGGCAGUCAAAGCAUGAUGGGAGUUACUAUUUUCACACCAUCACGAGGGCUUUUUUCGCCCCCAGCUCUUGUUAGAUGGUCUAUGGGUACCCAUCCUGUCCAAAUUCUCCAAAGGACACAGUGUGAUCAGGUGUUCUUAGCUUUCCAGUUUCCCAUCCUCUCCCUGUGUACAUAUUGACAAGGGCUUUCUCUGCACUUCCUGGCUCAGAAAAAGAAUUCUGUUGACUAAUUCCAGAGUUGAUUAGGGAAUACAUUUAUACAACAUAAAGGGAAUGGGAAGAUUCUCAGGCUCUGCUAUUUUGGUCUCAUAUUUGUAUGCCCCUGCUUCUCAGUUUAGUGAAUAACCUAUUCCCGUUUCUAACACAAACUGCUAAAAUCCUAAUUUGCUGGGGGAGUGCACAUAUUUAUUAUUAUUAUUAUUAUUAUUAUUAUUAUUUUUUAUAUAUUUUUUGCGAUGGAAUAAACCUUCCAGUGCAUAGAUUCCUCUGUGUUAUUUAUGGGCCAAGUUCUAAAACCGUAACACACCAUGCUCAUUGCAGUCCAAAUACUGGUAUUAGUAUCAUACAAAAAAAUGGGACUAAUUGAUGGUAAUUAUUAUAAACAAAGGGGUGUGUUCUUCAGACAGCUAAAUCUUCAAGAUGUAGCAAAAGAAAAGGAAGAAGGGGAGGGAUUUAAAUGCUGGAUGCUAUCCUUUCAUUACAAUCUGAUGAUCCGAGACCAAAGACUGCAGAGUACUUCUUCUUAUACACAGUCUAAGUGUGGUGACUUUUAGGGUACAGAAGGCAGAAAAAAACUGCUUUUAAAAAAUGUUUUAAAUUUGAUAAGUCAUCAGUUUUACUUCUGUCUUGUAAAACAAAGUUUUAUAAAACUAAUAGUGCAACAGUAGCAGUAUCAUGUUACAAAUUUACAUUUAAUUGUUUAUAAAACUCCUGGAAAGGUCCAAGAAGCUGUUAUCAUUGAGUACUCAAGGUUUGGGGUUUGUUUAGUAGGCUGCCUUUCACGUGGUUGUUGGUGGCUUUGGAUGUUUGUAAGAGGUAUUUUUUGAUUCGGCAAGCUUUUGAAUUUUUUUUUAAAUUCUUUUUUGCACUCUUUUUUUCUACUUUGUUUAAGUGGUGUAACACAGUCUCAUUACUUUUGUUGUGAAGCAUGUAAUAUAAAACUGGUAUAGGGGCAGCCUUGUUGGAGCCCUUUCUAACAUCAACAUUAAAGGGCAACUAGGCACCAAAACAACUAGAGGUUCAUGUAGUUGUUCUGGUGCCUAUAAACUGUCCCUGCAGGCUUUUCAAUGUAAACACAGCCUUUUCAGGGAAAACACAGUGUUUACAUUGCUGGCUAGUAACACAUCUAGUGGAAGUGACACAGAGAGCCGCUAGAGGUGCUUCCUGGGUCGUGCAACAUUCGUGUUCAGCGUCUCUGCGCUCUGCAAGCAGACACUGUAUUUUCCCUAUAGAGAUACAUUGAUACUAUGCAUCUUCAUAAGAAUAUGCUGAUUUGGUGCAGCAUUACGUUUUGCCACAUGCGCGUUAUCCUGCCAAUGCUUUCCCAUAGGUGGGGCCAGUCAUCUAGUGAAGUUGUUGUCGUGUCAGGAGGCCACCUGGUGCAUUCCUACCUUCAGUGGUUAAACUGUUCUUGAGUGAUUGAACUCCAAAGUGAACCUCCAGUGCCAAUUAUCCGGUCCCCCAAGUGGUAUCUGGGUUCUGAAAUAUCAGUUUUAGGAAACGUGGAGUGCUGCCGGGUAAUUUUGGUUAAGAGCGGUCAGCUGACGCUCUUAGACAAUCAGUGACUCUCCAUUCACAAAACUGAGUUGAAAAGGAAUAUGAAUAUAUAUAUAUAUAUAUAUAUAUGUGUGUAUGUGUGUGUAUAUAUAUAUAUAUAUAUAUAUAUAUAUAUAAAUAUAUAUAUAAUAUAUAUUUUUUUUUUUAGCCAGUUUUCAGAGAAAAGGCAGUGUUUGAGUGACUGCCACUAGGUGUUUAUAGGCAGUAACGUAGACUAUCACUAUUGCUGCUUCCUAUCUCAGUGCUGCACGGGUGGGUAAAAACACCUUGCGAUAGGAGGGUGCCAGUCUCUUAAACAGGACACAGAAACACACACAUAUUUAUGUAUCUAUUUUUAAUUUUAUUUAUUUUAAAGAAACACUAUAGGGUCAGGAACACAAACAUGUAUUCCUCACCCUGUAGUAUUAACUAACUAUUAAGUCCGCCCGGCACCACCUUAUUUCCAGCGUUGUGCGGGUCUGCCACUGCUGACUCAGCCCCCAGUCCGCCUCCUUGGCUAAUAUGAACAGAAUUGACAUAGGAAAGCAUUGGGUUGGCUGAGACUGUCAAUUCUGAUGAUCUCAGCCAAUGGGUUGGGAGGCUGAGCCAAAUGCCUCCCCGGCCAAUGGGCAUCUCCUCAUAGAGAUGCCUUGAAUCGAUGCUGCUCUGUGGGGAAAUUUUAGUGUCUCUGUACAGAGCGUGUAGAUGCUGAACUUCACUGUGCAGCACUGACCCAGGAAGCACCUGUCUUAAGGAGUGGCCACUGGAGUUGUCCAUAGAGAGCAAUGUAAACCCUACCUUUUCUCUGAAAAGCAGUGUUUACAUGAAAAAGCCUGCAGGGACCGACUAUACUCACCAGAACAAUUACAUUAAGCUGUAGUUGUUCUGGUGACUAUAGUGUCCAUUUAAGUCCAUACAGCCUCCCUACCUGUGGGAUAGCUCGAUUGGAUCCUUUCCUAGGGGUCCAGUGGGGUUGUGCUCUAGUCUACUUGCUCUGUCUACUGGCUCUACUUGCUCUGCUCCCUCGUGCUGUUUAGUAAUGCUGGGGCCGGAGUUAUGUUGAAUUAUGCCGCAUCACAGCAGGGCGCGCAAAGGAGCAGAGCAAGGACUUUAAGAAUAUUACAUCUCCGUCAGCCAGUGCCUUCAUGCUUCCUUGCCACCCACCUGCAUUUACUCUCAGCAGGCAGCCUCCACUGGGCGGUCAGACAUCCCAGGAACAACGAAAUUUUUUUUUUACCUGCUAUUACCUUCCAGGUAGGAGAUUUUCUAAACAUUUUUUGAGCCUGCUUAACCCAUUGGUGUACAUAUUUCUAAUUAACUGGCUGAACUAUAUCUUUGAUAAUCUUUUGUCCUUUUAUUAGAUGAGUGUAGCAACUGUGCUCAGCCAUUUGAUGCAAUUCAAAUAUGGAUGGAAUUUAUAUAGGGACUACUUUUUUUCUCAUGGUAAAUGGCUGUUUUUUUCCAUAAACAUUUGUCCAACCCAGCAGCCAUCACAAAUUAAGGUUAAUUAUGAAAUGUUUAAAAAAAUUUUUUAACCCCUUAAGGACACAUGACAUGUGUGACAUGUAAUGAUUUCCUUUUUAUUCCAGAAGUUUGGUGCUUAAGGGGUUAAAUAACUUUUUUUUUUUUUUCUCUUUUAUAUGAAUAACAUUUUGCUUUGAUUUCUUUCAGGUGGUUUUUCAUAAGAUGUCUCCAAAUGAAACUUUGUUCUUAGAAAGUACCAACAAAAUUUACAAGGAUGACAUAUCAAAUAGUUCCUUUGUUAAUUUCCAAAUAUGGGAUUUCCCAGGACAAGUGGACUUUUUUGAUCCAACAUUUGACUAUGAAAUGAUAUUCAGAGGAACAGGAGCAUUAAUAUAUGUGAUUGAUGCCCAGGUAAUUCAUGAAUUCUGCAAGGAAACUCAAGGGUGUGAGGGAAACUCAAGGGUGUGAGCUUUUUUGCUCGGGAGGGUUCUUUUGCUUGGUCUGCAGAGUAGGCCCCUUGAUAACAUUAGCCAUAAUUAUUUUUUUAUUUUUUUACUCACAUUAGGCAUGGUAGGUGGAGAAUAUCUUCUGAAGUGCUCUGCCUAUAAUCUGCUGUAAACAUAUAAUUUAAGAGACUGAUCUUUUUUUAUAGGGGGUUUAGUGUUUAUUUUAUAUAACUUAAUAUGUUACAUAAUUUUCAGGAUGAUUACAUGGAAGCACUGACAAGACUCCAUGUCACAGUUACCAAAGCCUAUAAAGCAAAUCCUGAUAUGAACUUUGAAGUUUUCAUUCACAAAGUUGAUGGUUUGUCAGAUGACCACAAGAUUGAAACCCAAAGGGACAUACAUCAGAGAGCCAAUGAUGACUUGGCAGAUGUUGGUCUUGAAAAACUUCAUCUUAGGUAAAAACUAAUUUUUGUUCCCUCCCCCCUCCUUCUUCCUUUUGUUUUACUUGGAGUUUACUUGCUUACACCUUUGGCCAUUUCUUCUAGGUGUCUUUUUUUUGUUUGUUUGUUUGUUACUGUUUAAGAUGUAUGUAUUAAUGACAAAUGUUUUUUGUGAAAUUUGUUUAGGGAUACUGUAGCUUUAGAACAUUGGUGUAGCUACAGAGCUCCUGAUUCUUUGUGUAUAAUUUUCAAAUUUUAUGGUUGGUUGUGUAGUAAUCAAGGUUCUUGUAUGCUGUGAACUUUUAUUAAAGGGAAACUACAGUGCUAGGAAAACAAGUUAUUUUACUAGCACUAUAGUGACCUACAUUGCACUCCUCCCUCGCACCCCCAACCUGUGGUGCUGAAAGGGUUAAAAACCCUUCUGUCAUUUACCUGACUCCAGCGCCGAUGUCCCUCUGCGCUGGAUCAGCUCUUGUCUCUGCUCUUCCUCUGCAGACACCAGCCAACUGAGGCGAUCUUAUGCAAAGCAUGAGGACUUCCAGCUUCAGUUAGGUGACCAAUAGUCGACUUAUCACCUCAAAGUGCCUCUAGCAGAUAGCCGCUAGAGGUGGAGUUAACCCUGCAAGGUAAGUGUUGCAGUUUAUUAAUAACUGCAGUAAUUACAAUUGCAGGUUUAAGGGAACAGGGACACAGUGCACCCAGACUACUUCAAUGAGCUGAAGUUGUCUACGUGCCUGUAGUGUCCUUUUAAAGUAGUUACUGAAUUGGCAGGACAAAACGUUGAUGAAAACUGCACAUCAAAGAAAAUCAGAAUCCAUGUGGUUUUAAACCCCUUUUUUAUUAUACAGAAAUAUGUUAAAAUCAUACGUCAGUUGGCAAAGGACAGUUCAGGUGGCAAAACCAUUCCGAAAGCAUACCUGCCACUGAUGGUAAGGGGAAUGCGAGGGGGCAAAAGGACAAGGAGGUGCUGAACACAUUGUUUAUCUGAAACUGUAAGCUUUGUCAGCAGCCACUCUCAUAGAUAAACUGUCAUGCAAAAAUGUAUUGGCCAAUAGAAUGGUGGAAUCUAAGAGGCAAACUCGUCUUAUUUGCAUAUGUGCACUGCAUUCUGAGAUGUGCUCGAAGUGGGGUUUCUUAUCAGUAUGUAGGUAUUUAUUAUAAAUUAUAAACAUUUUAAUAUAUAUAUAUAUAUAUAAUUUUUUUUUUUUAAUGCUUUCUGUACAAACUUUUAUUUUUCCCAGCUUCUACUUGACUAGUAUAUAUGACCACUCUAUAUUUGAAGCUUUCAGUAAAGUUGUGCAGAAACUGAUUCCACAAUUGCCAACAUUAGAAAACCUCCUAAACAUAUUUAUAUCCGUAAGUAUGUGGAUUUUUUUUUCCCCAUCAGAUUUUUUACUCUUUAGUGUUUAAGUUGUGUUUUACAUUAGAAUUGUCAAUGUGUAAAUUACCAUUAGAAGCGAUAACUUGAGCAAUUUCUUUAUUUAAUAAGCAUGUGUCUUCACAAAUAUACAAUUAGCUUAUCUGUAGUGUGCCAUUGUUAUUAAUCACAAUUGUACAUCUCAUUCUUUCCGUGAUUGUCAUUUUCUGCCCUGGCCCUGCUGAAUUGUCUUGGUUUUACUUCUAGGUUAUGGCUGAGUAGCUGCAGCCAUUUGUCGUUUUUUUUUUUUUUUUUGGCUUGUUCUGAUGUUAUUCUGUUCCAGUGCUGGGAGAGGCUAAAUCAUGUAGAAAAGACCUGUCUUUAAUCGUCAUGGAGAUGAUAUUAGACUGAGACUGCCUUGGGUUGUGGAGCCUCUUUUACUCCAUGAGGGAGUAGUUAAGGGUGAUGUUCCAAAAAAAUUGAAGAACAAAAAAAUAAUUCUGGUUUGCCACAGAGGAACACUCAGUGUUGAUCAACAAAUAAAUUCUCCUUAAAUUACUAACAAAUUAGUGGUCUGACUUGGAGAAUGUUUCCAGUUUUGUUGUGGCUGUAAAUUCUGAAUUAAUUGUAAAUUCACUUUUCCUAAUUCCUAAAUUGAUCAAAUAAUCCUGUAGUAGUAUUCAUGCCCUUUUAUUUAUUUAUCUAGGAUUUCUAAUAUUCUGUUUACUUAUCAGGAUAUUUAGCAAAUAUUUCUUUGUGAGGUGUGACAAACUGAAAUGGCAUUGUCCACACCUCUUUAACCUGCAAUUGGGCACACUUGUCUUCAUUCCCUGUUAGUCAUUGUGAUAAGCUUUGCGUUUUGCUCCUGGCAGUCAGCAUAGAGAAAGCAUGUUGUAAGCAGGAGCUUUAUUAGAAAUUACAGGACCCUGGUGCAAGAAUCAAGCAAGGCCCCGUUGCGCUCUCACUAAUACACAAACUCACUGACAGACACACUGCUAUUGGCGCACACACACAGUUUAACCACUACACAUUCCCACUGACUGACCCACACUCUCAAAUACACAUACACUAACACACACAUCCUCGGUGAUUUGACACGCACUCUCAAUUACAAACACUCACAAAUUUUAUUUAUAGUUUUUGUAUUAUUUUGGGGCCCACCCAGCAUCCCUACCUUUGGGAGAGCUUGUGUGGGUCCUCUCCCUGGGGUCCUUUGGCAGCUUUAAUCUUUUUGAUAUUCCUCACUGCUUAGUGAUACUUGGGCAGGAGUGAUGUCAUAAGCUUGGCUCCUUGUAUCACUGCAGGGCGUCCGAGGGAGAUAAAGAAGUUGACAGCUCCCUCGCCAAUUACAUAUUUACCCCGCCCCCCAGACACACUGUAUUUAGGGAGAGUAGAGAUUCCUGAAAUUCAAAUUUAAAGCUAGAGUAGCUGAAUUGGAAGGGUAGGUGAGUGAGAAUUAUUCCAUUUUAGCUAGUUUAAGAAGUAUGAAAUUCACUUUGAAUUCUCAUUUUCUCUGUGUGUAAUAGUUAGGGGCUUACUUCUCCUUAUCCUGUGAGUAUUAUGUUUGUUUAUUUUCUUUUCAGAAUUCUGGCAUUGAGAAGGCAUUUCUAUUUGACGUGGUCAGUAAAAUCUACAUUGCCACAGACAGCUCUCCGGUAGACAUGCAGUCAUAUGAAUUGUGCUGUGAUAUGAUAGAUGUUGUAAUAGAUGUAUCCUGUAUAUACAGGUUAGUGUUCGAUGCCACAUAUACAUAUAACCUUGAACAUUGCAGAGUUGUGUAUUUUCAUAAUUAUUUUACAUGUUAAGGACACACUUUUUAUUAGGAAAAAAAGAACUAUCCAUAUUGUUUUUCAUCACCCCCGUACACCUUAUGUUUCUCCUUACAUUUGUUGCUUCUUGUGCCCAAACCCCAAAUGUGGCACUCCUUAUCUUCUUGUGUGUAUCUUAUUAUACCUGUUUCCCCUUGCAUCUGUUUGUCCCCACUUACCCAAGUUGUAGCAUCUUCAUGUUCUUCUCCUUGUUUAUGUAGAUGAUCACUUUAAAGGAGAAAUUACAUUCACUAAAAUGUAUAGUAGUUUAAAACAAACAAAAAAAGUGGUAAAGUAUGAACAUUUCUUCUUUUUGGAGAUGUAGUCUUGGCCAACAGAGUAUUAUGCAUGAAUUUAUAUACAGCUGUAAAACUAAGGCAAUCAGUUGCUGUAUUCCAUUGGUCAUCAUGGUGAUUUACAUUUUUGUAUAUAGUUUCCCACCGAGGAUUGUGAGCUACUAACUAUUUUCCAAAAUAAAAAAAUACCACAUCUGGUUUCUUAAAGCGGCACUAUCAUGGCCGAAUCCAGUGUUUUUUUUGUUUUUUGUUUUUUAAACCCCCUCUUGUCUCCACUACAUCUAAUUCCCCCCACCAUCCCCCCCAUCAUAGUACACAUAUAUAUUGUGCUGUGAAAUUCCUGCGCAUUCGCUAUUGUCCGAAAAUUAGACGGGAAUUUCGUCAGAAAGACAAAGGAAUGAAUAGAAAUUUCAGGCGAACAAACAAACACCAUCGGUGUUCAUUCGUUUGUUCAGUUUAUUACAAGGAGCUCCCUGCUUCUAAUAUGUAAAAAUAGAAGCGCCAGGGAUCUCCCUGCCACUUCAUAGGCCCCCAUGUCCUCCCUCAUUCUAUGGGAGUCCGUAUAACCCCCAUAUUAGCAUAAGAGUGAUUUAAAUCUCACAAAUGCCCCUACUCGCUAUGCCGAUGGGUGGGGCUAAAUGUAAAAAUACCCCCCACCAGAAAAAUUUAAAUAAAGCCACACCUACCACCCUCACCCUAAAAAUAGUGAGGGGGAGACCAUAAGACUAAAUACCUGUAAAUAAAUAAAAAUACAGUUUGAUGUCUCAUUUUUCUAAAGCCUUCUUUUUUCUUCUUUUUUCUUUUCUUUUUUCAGCCCCAAAAAAGGCCAAAUAAAAAUCCAUAAUACCCGUCGAACUUUACAAAUAAAUAAGAAAUACGCCAUAAAAAUAAACCCGACGCACAAUUUUUUUUAUUUAAAUCCACCUUCACCCAGCGAUGGCACCGUGCAGACUGAGCUUCACAGGGCAGGAAAAGUCUUAUAAAGCCUUCUCACGCCUUACAAUUUGACUCAGAGUGCUCUGAUUCGUAACUUGCAAAGCUCAAACUUGCCUAUCAAUCAGAGCACUCUUUUGGUUGGCUUAAACCAACCAAUCCGAGCGCACGGAGUCAAAUUGCAGGGCGUGGGAAGGCUUUAAUUUUUUUUUUACAACAGUGGCUGCUCACUGUUUACUAAACAUGCCAUUACUCGUGAUAUACCGAGUAGGGGCAGAUUAAUUACUAAUACUAAGUAAUCUUUACUUAGUAUUGGUAAAUUUGGCUGAAUCUUGGUCUUUCAGCCUUUCUGUCGAUAGCUCCCUAUUUCCCACGGUAUCUGGGAGCUAUCUACUACACGGCUGCAAGAUGCAGCCGCAGAUCGGAUUGGAAUUUCAUUAAUUCAAAUGAAAUUUUGAACAGACCUAAAAGUACCGAUUGUCAUCCUAACGUAACUGAAGAAACUGUACUCAUUCUGUUAGGACAAAAUUCGGUAGUUUUGCCAGCGUUCUGUCUAGAUGACAGGAUGUUCGGGAAUAGUGAAAGGAGGAAACGGCGGAAAGGUGACAAUUGUGGGAAAUUGCUCUGACCACAGGAAAUGGAGCACACUUUGCUUGUCCACUGGUCAAAGAUGGUCAAGUGUAGGAAAAAUAGUCCCUACUUUUGUCUUAUGUUUUAAUGAAAACUAGAGCAAACUGGAAGAAAUAAAGAACAUAUCCUGAGAGAGGAAGAGAAGAGGAAGCGAUUAGGGAAUGGGAAGUUCGGCGUGACAGUGCUGCUUUAAUGCUGUGAUUUUAUUCUAUAUGUGUUGUGACCUUUUAUUUUCUGUAUUUUUUUGAGUAGCUGCAUUCAAAAGAAGUAAUUUUCAUAUCACCACUGGUAUGGAGUUGGACUCUUGUAUGCUUCAUGUGCCCUACUCUCUAGUAACAAAAUUGUUUUAUGCCCUUCAUUCACAGUCCUUAAGUAUUGUAAUUAAUUUGUAUAUUGUUUGUUUAUUCAGCUUGCAUGCAGACUGCAACGGAACUGCAUAUGACAAGGAAUCAAUGGCAAUUAUAAAACUUAACAAUACAACAGUGCUCUACUUGAAAGAAGUUACAAAGUUCCUAUCACUAGUGUGUAUUCUUAGGGAAGAGAGUUUUGAAAGAAAAGGUGAGCAUACCUAAUUGUACAAAAAAAUCUAUUUCCACUACUUUCACUUUGUUUUCCUGGUAUGAGUGUAUUUUGUCAUGUGUUGUUGUGGAAAUAUUUAAGGUUCACAUUUUUUCUGGUUAACAAGUAAAUGUAACAUGAUUUUUUUGUUGGAAGACUCCAGAGAACAUCUUCAAUGUUUAAGAACCUAGCCUGCAAUGUAGAAACUGCCUUUUUUGGCAAAGGCUACAGGCACAUUAAGUUAUAGUGGUUCUGGUGACAAUAGUGUCUCUUUCAAAAUGAGUUGGGGCAAGCCAACACCUGGCACCAUAACAACCACAGUGUACUUUAGUGACUUUGGUGCUUGAACUGUCAUCUUAAGAACCACUUAUCUACACAUACAAUAAUCAAAUAAACACCAACAUAAUUGGUUAUAAAAUGUAAAUUUUUUUAUUUUAAAUUUUUUUUUUUUUUUUUAUUACUCCAUUUAAAGUAAUACGCCUUGCUCCAUAACCUCUGCAGUGCACUGUAGUGGAUAUGAUGCCAGGAGUACCCUGAUGCCCAUCACCAAUGUAAGUAGUCUGUUUGCUAACUGAGCUCUAUGCAGAGAGAUUCUGACUCUUGUAGAGCCCAGGUAACUUGUCAAACUGUGGGAAAUGGCUUGACAACAUUGAGACACCGUAACUACCUCAGUGCCCUUUAACUGUUGCUUUUUAAUAUAUAUAUAUAUAUAUAUAUAUAUAUAUAUAUAUAUAUAUAUAUAUAUAUAUAUAUAUAUAUAUAUAUAUAUAUAUAUAAAUAUAUAUAAAAAUAAUUAGUCAGAUCUAUAAAUAAACAGACUUUGAAUGACAUCGAAGCACUAGAGCUCACUUAGUUUAACAAUAGAUUGAGUGUACCUUGGAUGCCUGUAGUCCAGUCCUUCUCAGUCCAUGUAGUGGAAGUUCAGCAAAUGCAAGCCUGAUGCAAACAGUGUUGUAGAUAGAAUUGAGAGGGUAAUAUCUGUCUUGAAAAGUACCUGUAUAACACAACCUGUGUUUUUUUUUGUUUUUGGUUUUUUUUCUCCCUCUCCUUUAAUUUUACACAUUGCAGAUGUUCAUAAUCAGUUCUCUUUGUUUGUUUGUGCAGGUUUAAUAGACUACAAUUUCCACUGCUUUCGUAAAGCCAUCCAUGAGGUGUUUGAAGUAGGUGCUGCGACACACAGGACCUUCAGUCAGCAAGCUAGUAGUCCAAACCUCAAAGCAGUGACUCACAAUGGUACUCCUGCAAAUGCAGUCUAGGACAAAACUUUAAGACCCUCCCUUCUGCAACAAGUAACCAGAAAACACUGCCCUUGAGACAGAGCAAGUCUCAUAUGUAAGGCCAGUGUCUGAUAUACAUGGUACUACGAGCAGCAGCAACAUCCUUUUCUUGUGGAAUUCCUUAUCUUGCUAUACAACAAUAUCUACUGGAUUCGAGAUUUGUCACCAUAAAAAAAGACCGCAGACACUAUUUUCCAUGCUAGGUUUUUGCAUAGACAUUGAGAAGAUUUGGCUUGGAUGAUUUGUGCUUUUGUGAUGAUUGUACAAACGCCUGGUUAUGUGAAGUGCUGCACUAUAUAAAUAUCUUACUUUUUUUUUUUAAAUUAUAAUUAUUUCUGACCCUAGAGACUGGGUUUUUUUUUUUUGUUUUUUUUAACCUAUACCUUUAAAGCAUUGAAAAAAUAAAUAAAAAAUAGAAUGCGCAGUUCCAUUAUCUCUUAAAAGAAAAAUAAUAAAACCUUCCCUGAGGAAUCGAUCAGCAUCAAUCUUGUUUGUGAAAGAGAAGUAAGCGUGCUUGCCCAUACUGCAGACAUUCCACUGUUAAUUUCUCUCCUAACGCUUAUAGCUAAAUGAGAUUGCACUUCUUUUUUUCCACUUUUAUGAAAUACUAGCAUAAACAUUGAAGUAUUUUUUCACUGGAUUUCAUACAUAUUUAAUAUCUCCCUCCGCAGAUGUUUGUUUCUAUAUCUACAGUCCUUUUUUGGGGGCGAGUUGAGAUAUAUUGAAAGGAAUUCCCAGCAAACAAAAGAUGCAGCACAAGGUUGUGAUGAAUGAAUGCCUUGUUUUUCAACUAUUAUGUUGCCUUCCAUAAUUUUUAUUUUUAUUUUGGGCCAGCCAAGAAACCUUGAAAUGAAAAUUCAAUAAAAAGGUGCCAUCAAGUGUUGUGUUGAAUCUGAAAUAGUGUUUUUGUGGGUUUCCCACCAAAAUAACUGUAUCAUUGUAACUGUGUGUGUAUAUAAUUUGUGCAAGAAAUCAAAAUGAUGAUGAGAAGAAAAAAAAAUUAAAUAUAUAUAUAUAUAUAUAUUAUAUUUUCUCUAAAGAGCUGCUAAAUAACUGCACUGGUUUGUGUUGGUGAAACCCAAAGUCCUUUAAUACACGCAUGCUUUUCUAAAAUUUUAAAUGCUUUUGAUGUACUCAAACUUCAGAUUAGGGUUUUCUUUGUUGACACAUUAUGUGAGGUGUUUGUGGUUUUUUUUUUGUUUGUUUUUUCUUCCCGUUCUUUCUUUACUGUUUAAAACAUAACUGCAGUAACACUACUAUAAAGUUCUAGUUUACCUUGGACUAUGCAUUCCUUGUGAUAUUUUGAUGCCAAUAUAUUUUAGUGCAUAAUAUUUUUGCUUGCGCUAACAUUUUUUUGCGGUUAGUAAUUUCUUCAUUAUUAACAUUGUUGUUGUAUUGCGAGUCAAAAACCUUGCAAUUGCACCUUUUUGAAAUACCAAAAUCCCUUGUUUUGCUGGGUGCCACUGGAUUGUUGCAUAAUUAAGUGCCACUGUAAACUUCGUAUAUAAUGCUUCAUUUUCCUGAUGUGUUUUGACUAGUGUACUCUUGGCUGGAUAUUCACAUGGACCAUAGUAAAGGCCAACGACAAAUGGAGGGAAAAAUGCCUUUUUAUAUUUAUAUUUUCUUUCAGUGAAUUAUGUAUAAGAAGGGUUCUCAAUAAAGUAUUUGCCAAUAGCAAUUUUCAUCAUUAAGCUCAUGUGACUGACGCUGUACUGACCUGGACAUGAUUUGUUAUUGACCAAUACUUGUUAAAAUUAUCUUGCAUGAUCAGCU